AUGCUUGAUGCACGUGCAACCGUAUGUAUACUUGUUGGAGGUGUGGCGGGCGCUGCCGUCACCUGGGCCGUUCUGUCGCAGCAGCGGCGCGGAGUUGAUGCUCCUGCUGUAGCACCACCCAGCGAAGAUGCUCUCGAGAAGGCCGAACGGAGGGCGGCGGCGUUCCGAGACGACGACGGCGGGGGAAUGCCGAUGGAAGAGCUGCUGGAGAAGGACGAAAUCGUCAAGGAGCAACUGACGCGCAACGUGCAGUUCUUCGGCGCGGACGCACAGGCAGCCGUGUCGCGGGCAUUCGUGGUCGUCGUCGGGCUCGGCGGCGUGGGCUCGCACGCGGCGCACAUGCUCCUGCGGUCCGGCGUCGGCCGGCUGCGGCUCAUCGACUUUGACCAAGUGACCGUGUCCUCCCUCAACCGGCACUGCGUGGCGACGCGGCAGGACGUGGGGCUCUCGAAGGCCACGUGCCUCGAGCGCCACUUCCGCGACAUCAUGCCCGAGGCGCAGCUCGACGCGCGCGCGCAGAUGUACACCGCGGCGGCAGAGGACGACCUUCUGGGGCCGUGGUGCCAGGAGGGGCGGGCGCCGCAGCACCCGGACUACGUCAUCGACGCGAUCGACAACAUCGGGACGAAGGUGGACCUCGUCGCCGCGUGCAAGCGCCGCGGGCUGCGGCUGCUGUGCUGCGCGGGCGCCGGGUCCAAGUGCGACCCCACGCGGCUGCGGUUCGUCGACAUCUCCGAGUCCUCGCUCGACGCCCUGGGCAGGGCCGUGCGGGCGCGGCUGAAGCGGAGCUACGGCAUCGACAGCGGCGUCGAGCUCCUGCUGUCGACGGAGGCCGCGCGCUGCGGGCUGGUGGCGUCCGAGGAGGUGCAGGCCAGCGACAGUCCUGCGGACUUCCAGGUCGUGCCGAACUUCCGAGUGCGCACCGUGCCGGUGCUGGGCACGUCGCCGACGGCGUUCGGCGUCGCGGCCGCCGCGCGUGUGCUGACGGAGCUGGCGGGAGCGCCGUUCCUGGGCGAGCCAACGCCGCUUCUGCAGGGCAAGCAGUACGCUGGGCUACUCGAGGGACUGUACGACAGGGAGUGUACGAGGGUUGGCCACGCUGACGACGUGCACGUGGACGUCGACGACGUCAUCUUUUUGGUGCGCAGCGUGUGGAAGGGCCUGAGCGUGCGGCGCCUCGGCGUCGCGCACGGCAGGGACAAGGGCCGCUGGCGGAAAACGGGGGACCUCGCCCUCGUUCGCUGGGACCGCACGAAGCCCGCCGACGUGUGCAACUUGGUGCUGAUGACGCACGACGAGGCAGACAGGCACGAGCAGGACAGUCUGGAGCGGGUGCGGCUGGAGGAGCCAGCGCUGUGGGCGUGGGUGGAGAGACACCUGCGAUUGGCCAGGCUCGAGUACUACGGGGCCGCGGAGUCGAGCGAGGCUGGAUAG